UCUGGUUUCAGUCCUUGCACAUGUUCAGAAAUGUUGCUUGCAGAGGGGUGCUGGGCUGUGGGGAGGUGAUACUCUAGCACUGCAGAAAGCUACACUGGAGACUCCAGCAGAAGUGAGCUAUCAAAGCAAUGUGUCAUGGAAGCAGCGCCUGAACUUCUGUUCUGAGAGCUCUCAUCUGAUUCUGUCCUUGAGAACAGAGAGAAGAGGAAGAAGAGCCAUUAGCAAAGGAGGAGGCAGUGUCCUGAGAGGUGGCACUGAAUCCUUCCGACAAGCUCAGGCAUUGCGUGCAAUUCUCAGAAAUGAGGAUGUCGUGCAACUGAAGCUGAAGAGCAUGGCUUCUGACUGGCAAGGAAGAAGGGGAUGGUGGAGGAGGAAGGGCAUGCUUGUGGAAGGGCAACCCUGUUUUCCAAGGGACAGGGCUGGGGAAGGAUCAUGGACCUGUGGAGAUGGGGACAAUCUCAGUGGAGGAGAGCGCACAGCUAAGAUGAUGAUGGUCACUUGCCUGCUCCUCUCCAGCAUCUGGGCUGCUGCUCCAGCCUCUGUGCAGGUGAUGAACAGAAAGGUCCAGUCAGUCCAGGCAGGAGGAAACGUGACUUUUUCAUGCCGGUCAGUCACGAGAGAAGAUGUGAUACAGGUGACGUGGCAGAAGGAGACGGACGGGGCUGAAGACAACAUAGCAACUUACAGUACGAUGAAUGGCCAAAAGAUAACCAAGGCCUAUGUCAGCCACGUGAGCUUUGCCCACAGCGAGUUACAAGCCUCGGCCAUCUCCCUUCAUGGAGUCACCCUCCAUGAUGAAGGAUGUUACAAAUGCAUCUUCAACACAUUUCCCUCGGGGGCUGUCACCGGCAGGAUGUGUCUCAAGGUUUAUGCCAUCUCAGACCCUGUAGUGGAAACUAAGAUUAUACCCAGUCUAGAUAAAGCUGAGGACUCUGAGAAAAUGGUGGGGAUGAGCUGCUCAGCAACAGGGAAACCAGCUCCAAAAAUAAUUUGGCACCUUCCCAGCAUCCUGCAGCAGAAACCAAGGGAAUACCACAUAAAGUUCAGCAACCAGACCGUGACUGUCAUCAGCAAUUUUACCCACACCCACUCCAAAAUCCUUCGGGAGUACCCCAUCACCUGUGCAAUCCAACAUCCUUCUCUAAAUGUGACCCUGGUCCUGCCCACAGACAGCCUAGAGCAGGGUCCAGAGAGCAGCAUGGCACCAGCCAUUGCCAUUGCAGUGGGGGUCCUGGUGCCCCUGACUUCUCUUCUCCUUCUCACCUGCCUUCUCUACCUCUGCCUCAGGCACCUACGUGACCCAGAGAGAAACCCAACCUGGCCAUGCUGGGUACUUCCUGCCUGCACCAAGGCCAAGAAGUGCAGGCAGUACGGAGCUGCAAGCAGGUGGGCUCCUGCAGUGUCCCCCAGCCUCGGUGCACCACUGAACACCUGAGAAGCUGCCCAACCUACACAUGCAAGAGAGAAACUCUUAAAAUGGCACCUCAAGCUUCCAAGGAAACUUCCUGUGACUUUCUUCUAGAGAAAUAUAAAAAGGGACAAUUUAUAAUAUAUAUUUAUUUAUUACAUUAUAAAAUUCUGUUUUGUAAGGAAAAAAUGUAAAGUAUUUAUUUGAAACUCAGGCUGGUUGUGUGGAUCCAUUUAGUGGAAAUCAUGCUUUGUAUUUUUGGGGGUUUUAACAUUGUUUAUUACUAUUUGAUAUUUUAACAUUGUAAAUUCAAAAGUGGAUGGGGGAUUGUCUGAAACAAGGCAGCAUUUUGUAAGGUUGCUGGCUUGCAAAGUGUUGCAGAUGGACCAAAGGAGCCCCCCACCAGGAGCUGGGCUGCAGAAAACCUGUGGAACAUCCCAGCACACUGCUCUGAACUUCAGGUGUUGAACUUGUUCCCUAAAUGGCACAAGAGAUCAGGCCAAGACUGCAGCCAGCCCAAAUUUAUAACCCAGGUGCCAGGAGCAGUGGGCUUCAAGUCAGGAGGAACUGCAAAGUCCAAUUUCCAGCAACUUCUCCUGGAAAACAAUGUAAAAGGCACAAAAGUGUUUCCUUCUUCCCUGUUUCUCAGGGGCUUCCACAGCUUUCUUCUUAGUGUCCCUGAUCUGUCACAGCUGCCUUGUGUUUCCUGGCAUCCCACCCACCUGCAGGAGACAGCGGGGCAAUAAAAGGGCAGGUACAGGAUUUGUAGGUUUUCCAGUGCAUUUUGUUUCAUUUUGUUUGUGUCCUGGUGUAGUGGCACGUGGGCGCAGUGGGAAGCAGGAGGCUGGUAGGCCUCAGGAGGUGGGUGCUUUAUUUAUUUUUAUACCAGGGCAGGGCAAAGAGUGUUCUUAUUCUGACAAUGCUUGGCUUCUAAGCAGUGGCUCAAAUCUGAGCUGUAAUCUCCUGUAAUUGCCUGAAUUGCACCAUAUGUUCAUAAAGUCUUGCAGACUUAGGGAAGGAGAAAUGAGCCCACCUGGCUCAUGCUGGUCUUGUGGGAAGCCACCAGUGCAGGCUGCUUCCUCUCCUGGCUUCCUGGAGCAAAUGCAUGAAAUCUGGGCUUUCCUCAUCCAUGUAUUUCAAGCAGGCAUCCCACAUGAACCACUAAAUUUUAGUCAAAAAGCCAAGUGAACAAAAGUGAAAGCAAGUAAGUGAGUUGAGAAUGAGUAAACCAGGUCCUCACUAUAAAAUACUUCUUGUAGGCCUCCCUAACAUCUAGAAACAGCACAGAUGGUGAGUGAGGGGAAAGGGGAACUGGCUGCAGCUGUUACAAUUGGGUGCUUUUUUUCCAUAGCCCGUUAAUUGUCAAAGGAGGAAGUAAUGGUUUGUCCAAACUUUUUCAUCAUUGCCGCUUCAUUUCUUCCUUGAUGAGGGAAGAGGCCGGGGAGAAGAAGGUUUUUCCCUGGGUAUGUGGAGGGCAGGAAUAGGGUGGAGAGCCCUGGCACCCUUCCUGAGCAGGCUGUAUGGCCUCAGCCCUUGCCAUUCUGCAGAGUCUGCACUUGCAAUUUACAGCAGUUUGUUUGAGUUUUAACAUGAGGUUUCUGCUUUUGUUUAGACUAAAGUGUUGUUGUUUUUGUUGCCUGGUUUGUUGUGGUUUUUUUAAUUAAAAAAAAAAAAUCUCUUGAAGAAACAGGGAGUUUGGACAUGGAAAAACAAAAGGACUUCCUGGGGGAAGAGAGAAAAGCACAAUGCCAGUGAGAAAUCCAUUCAAACCCAGAAAAAUAGCAACGAUUACCUAUUAUUGUUUUCUACAAGCUGGUCACCUGGAGUGUGGGAAAGCAGGGCUUGAAGUUAUGAAAGAGUUAUCUGCUUAUGUGUGGGGUUUUAGUUUCUUUUACUUUUUAGCUGAAUACAGAAAUUUUUAAAGCUUUUAGAGGUUUCUGCUUAGGAGCAUGAUAGAUCCAGCAGCUGGGUGAGGGAUGAAAUUACUUAUUUUCAGGUAAAUAUUCUGUAAAUCUAAAUACAGGUAAAAUUCUGUACAAGAUUUAUUUUUUCAUUCAUGAUAUCAGAAUGAGAACAUGACAUCCAGUCACAGAACACUUAAAACCAAUACAUAUACUUAACUUCAUGCUAUGCAAAGCUAUCUACUAAGAUACAGUGCCAUAAAAUGCUGAGUGCUACUGCUGUGAUGUUUGGCUUCAUGUAGCAAUGAAAUGAAGGCAAGAAUACAGACUAUGGAUAAUUAACUGGCUGACAGCUAUGGGGGAAAAAAGAAUAUGGAAUAGAUACAAACCAUCUUUGGUGGAAUAAACAAAAGCAUGACUGAGGGAAUCAGAAGUUUUGACUAUGAAUUAUGAACAUCCUAACUGCUGUUAUGAGAUUUCUUUGUGAUUAGUUUGUGCAUGUCUGUCCAGUUACUUCUGUUAAAAAUUUGUAAGAAUUCCUUGGAGGUUAUAUUUCAAAUGGGUUUAUACAGACACCUAGUAUUUGUUUUAAUAAGUGUGUGAUUUUAAUAAAGGGUGAGUUUGAUCCCCAACACCUUUUGUCUGCUGUCACCCUGCAUGGCUCUAGGUGGAGACAGUAGGUGAGGUUGCUGUGGAGCUUGAAAUGAUAAAUAGAAACAAAACUGGUAGGAUAUUUAAGGCAAAUAGACUGCUCUAUUUUUCUGCUCCAAUACAAGUGACAUAAAGCAGAUUAACUUGGUAAGUGAAUGGAAGCAGACCAUAUUCUCAAACAAAAAAAUUCUGCAGGAAUGUUCUACGCUAUUACUGCCACCAAAACCAAAAGGGAAAAAAAAAGCCUAGGAUUUUGUUUUGAGGCUGGGCAGUUUUCAGUCUCACCCAGCUCUGCCUUUGGUUACUUUUUGUCACUGCAUUUUGUCCAGCUUAGGGACAAGUGGUGUAUAAUUUCUCCUAACUGAUGGAAAAAGGGCAAGCAAGAAUGCCAACUUCCUUCUUGCCUCUCACUUAGAUAAAACUGGUUCUGCAUGAUGUGUCUCUCUAUAACGCAAAUGUAGCCUUCACCUCUCUGCUUUGGGAUCCUUUGACCCUGACAUUAGCCAGUUUGGG